AUUUUCUGCAAACGAAAACAACAGUAAACAGUGAAAACGUUUUCCUGUAAGUUGCACCAUCUAGUUGGCUUUGAGGCUGCAGUCAUCAAGGUUCAUUUGUCUAUUGGCGGAUCAGAAAGCAGGAAGGAAAGCACAAUUGCUGUGUCCGAACAUAAUGCUACCGGAAAUAAUGUACAUACUACAGGAAGUGGGCAGACCCGUUUCCCUGCAGGAUAUUUGCACCCGACUGGACGAGCUUGGCACAGCAAAAUGGAAGUCUAAGGACGAUUGUUCCCGGUCCGGAGCAAUCUUUAGCGCACUGGACCAGGGUAUCGAGUUCGGGUUCAUCGUGGGCGAUAACCGGCGCCGAACGUUUAAGCUCGGUGUUAACUAUUUUCGCUUCGAAAACUAUCACUUCAACAACAAGCUGCAGAUGCUGAGCGACGACAUAGCCCAGUACGGGCUGAACAAAAUUCUUUGCAACAAGGAGCACCUGUUCCAGUCGGACAUCAGCGAUGACAGUACGGAGUUUGGCGACGAGGCCGCUUACGAUACGGACGAUGAGCGUACACCGACGCCGAAAAAGAAAAAGAUUAAACUGGACGAAACGGCUUCGCGGGGCCGUGCCAAGAGGCGAACUUUUUCGGGCGGAUCUACGCCAAAGCGAACCUCUAAAAAUACAAAAUAAACCAAUGAGUUGAAACCACCGAGAAUUUAUUGCUGUGCUUUUGCAUUGUGCGAUUUCUCCUCCGCAGCAAGCAUAGCAACCCAGUUGCCAUGGUGAGUGCUUGAAGGGAACCGUUCGCUGGUACCAUUAAACAGUCGACGCUUGAAAGGCUUUCGCAACAUGUCGUCCGAUAGCAAGAAAAUUAUACAGGUGCAGCUAUCCAACAUUGAGCGCAACUACCGGACGCUACAGUCUCAGUACAAUUGGCAACCAAUGUCGGAGACGUUUGAAAAGUUUAGGGAAAAGUUUCCCCUUCAGUACGACGAGAAGGCGGGGCUCAUUCAUCGCACGGAGCGUCUGAAUUACAUCAAAUCGUCCCAGCCCAAACUGGCCCAGGAAGUGCGAAUACCGUUGAAGCGAUACGGUUCGUCCGUCGAGACACGCUGCAUCCCGGAGCCAGCGGAGUCGUUUCGUUUCGGGCAAGUUUGCAACAAACCGGUCGAGCGUCCCAAAGCCGUUAUAUACACAAACGAGAAAGGCUUUGCCAGAUUAGUCGAUCCGUACGUGACCACAACGAUGAAAGAUAUUGUACCGCAUGUAAGGCAUCAGCACGAUACGGUCACGUUUUGGAACUGGACGGAACGGGAGGAACGCAAAAGGGCGCCCAAGAAACCGGAAGCUCUGCAGCCACGGCUGGUGGUUCCAGUGCAUAAGCGGAAACUGAACAAUGGUUUUACCAGUGAGAUGCAGGCAAAUUAUGUGAAACCUGUCGAGCUGGAGUUUCGACUGGAUCCCACGAUCACGCGUCCGAUUGUACUGGAUCCAACCGAUCACACGGAAACGGUCACUGAAAGUUCGAUGUAUGGUGGGACGAAAAACUGCGCCCAGAUACUGAAACAGAGAAGAUACGAGUAGGAAUUUUGGGGAAUUACCUCGGAUGUGAGCGAUAAACGAUUGGUGUAUUUUCUUCCAAAUUGAAAAUAAACA